AUGAAAGGCUUCAACCUCACGAGCCUGGCAAAGGGGGGCCAUGGGAGUAGCUAUAAUGGACUGAGUGUUUGGACAUGUAAGAGAUGUCUCUCGCAGACUCAAAUCAACAGUACAAGGGCUGGAAGGCAGUUUCAGAAUCAGUUCAGAGGAUAUGCGAAGAGCGGUCCUAAGCCAGGCAGUGGAAGUAGGAACGGAAACGACAAUGGAUACAGCGGCCGGCCGCGGAGGAAAGUGCAAGUGUUGACUGCUGCUGCGAUCAGUGGUGUUGGUGCUUCGACGCUGGCUUUUGGAGAUGAUGUGAAGCAUGCCUUUGGGGCGGUGGAGAGGAGUGGGAGGGUGGCUAGUACGUUGGCGGUGUGUAUCAAUGAUUACCGCGUUACGCUGAAUCAGAACGAGAAGAUGGAGGACGAGCAGGAGAAGAAUAUCAGUCUGAAGGCUUGUCACCAGCGGUGUGCGGAUCGGACGUUGAAAGUGCUGGAGAAGAAUGGCAGUAUAUUUAUCAAACUGGGACAGCAUCUGAGCGCAAUGAACUAUUUGCUUCCUCUCGAAUGGACGACUACUUUCAUACCCCUGCAAGACAAAUGUCCUGUCUCUUCAUUCGAAUCGAUAGAAGCCAUGUUUGAGAACGACACAGGCGAGAAACUGUCGGACUACUUCUCGGAGUUUGAUCAUGAACCAAUAGGUGCUGCAUCCUUAGCUCAAGUACAUCUCGCAACAGUCAAAGAAACAGGUCAGAAAGUCGCGGUUAAAGUCCAACAUCCAGCGCUUGCCGAAUGGGCAAAUCUCGAUUUGGCACUCACCAGAUUUACAUUUUCGACGCUGAAGAAGUGGUUUCCUGAGUACGACCUGGAAUGGCUAUCGUCAGAAAUGGAGAUCUCCUUACCACAAGAAUUAGACUUCCAUCUCGAGGGCCAAAACGCUAUGCGGACAAAGGAGUAUUUCUCCCAUAAGCCUGAACUACCGCUCGUGAUCCCAGAAGUCCUUUGGGGCAAGAAGCGCAUCCUAGUAAUGGAGAACGUUUCAGGUCACCGUCCAGAUGAUCUCGAGUUUCUGGACGCCAACGGCAUCGAUCGAGACGAGGUGUCCGCAGCCCUAGCACGCAUCUUCAACGAAAUGAUCUUCGGCACCGAUGCACCACUCCACUGUGAUCCCCACGGUGGUAAUAUUGCAAUCCGUAAAAACUCUUCCCGACGCGGUCCUUGCAACUUCGACGUCGUCCUGUACGAUCACGGCCUCUAUCGCGACAUACCUCAAGACCUACGACGCUCAUACGCAAAGCUCUGGCUAGCAGUCAUCGAUGCUGAUGAGCCUCGCAUGCGGAAGUACUCGAAGGAGGUAGCGGGUAUCAACGACGAGCAAUUCCCACUCUUCGCUUCCGCCAUCACAGGCAGAGAUUACAGAGUCCUAACGCAAGACGUCUCCAUGGCAAGAUCAGCUGAGGAGAAGAAGAGUAUCAAUGAUGCUCUCGGCGAAGGCAUGUUACAGCAAUUGGUCCAACUUCUCGGCCAAGUCCCACGCAUUAUCCUACUUAUUCUCAAGACAAACGAUUUGACGCGGAGUCUGGAUGAGAAUCUACAGACUAGACAGGGACCUGUGAGGACGUUUCUUAUUCUAGCGAGAUAUUGUUCGAGGACUGUAUUUGAGGAGCAGGUCGAGCAAUUGAAGGAGAGGGGGAGCUUACUGUGGCCGAGGAAUCUGUUGGGCUUGCUGAGAGCUUGGGCGGGAUAUUUCAGAGUAGAGAUGAAACUGGAGGUUUUCGAGGCGUGGUUGGCUGUUAAGCGGGGUUGGGGUGUUAUUGCUGGGUCGUAG